AUGCGUGACGCCUCGUCUGUCUUAGGUUGUUUCCAUUUCUCUGCUGGCCGUGGUUGGGCGUUUGAAGCCGAGCUUCUUGCCCUCAUCAUUGCCCUGGAACAGAUCAUCGUUCAGAACUGGGAUUUCGUGUGGAUUGAGACGGACUGCACUUACAUGGUAGAUCUCCUCCGUUCGCGCUCCCACACGGUCCCGUGGAGAUUCUUCAGUCGUUGGCGGAAGGUUCUUUCUUCCAUUGCUGAUUUGCACAUUAUUAUCACUCACAUUUACAGGGAAGGAAACAGGGUUGCUGACUUCAUGGCCUCUUCGGUGACGGAGGAAGGUAUUUGGCCGUUUGCGAUCCCGGAGAUUCUUCAUUUGGUGAGAGAUGACAGAAGAGGUCUUCCUUACAUUCGUAUCGCCCCGUAA